CCUGGGUCUGAAGGGGGAGGGACCUGUGGGCCCUGCUCCUGGGUCCUGGGGAAGCAUGACCUAUAGGCCCAUCACUUUUCUAACUCUUUUCAGGAUUUGGGUUCCCCCCGGGGAGGCCUUCACUUACCUGCACACCUUCCUGUGUCGUCCUCUGUCUGAUCUGGUCUCAGGGCUGGGCCAAAGUUCCCUGGGAUUUGGACCCGAAAAUUUCUCCCUGUCCCUUGGCUUCUGUGUGGUCUCAGAAGAUAUGACUCAUCCAGCUUCAAGGCUGCAGACCUGCAGCUGGAGAUGACACAGGAGCCUCAUAAGAAGCCUGACCCCAGCAAGCCCCUGCUGUUCGGGAAGACAUUCACCGACCACAUGCUGAUGGUGGAAUGGAACAGGGAGAAGGGCUGGGGCCAGCCCCGAAUCCAGCCCUUCCAGAACCUCACAGUGCACCCGGCCUGCUCUGCUCUCCACUAUUCCCUGCAGCUCUUUGAAGGCAUGAAGGCGUUCAAAGGCACGGACCAGUGCGUGCGCCUCUUCCGACCUUGGCUCAACAUGGACCGGAUGCUGCGCUCUGCCCUGCGCCUCUGCCUGCCGAGUUUUGACAAGGUCGAGUUGCUCCAGUGCAUCCGCCGGCUGGUGGAAGUUGACAAGGACUGGGUUCCCGACAGCUCCGGCACCAGCCUCUACGUGCGGCCUGUGUUAAUUGGGAACGAGCCCUCGCUAGGUGUCGGCAACCCCACGCGAGCCCUCCUGUUCGUCAUUCUCUGCCCGGUGGGCGCGUACUUCCCUGGAGAUGCCUUGAGCCCUGUCUCUCUCCUGGCCGACCCAUCAUUCAUCCGGGCCUGGGUGGGUGGGGUCGGUGACUACAAGCUGGGGGGGAAUUACGGGCCCACCGUGUUUGUGCAGCAGGAGGCCCUAAAGAAGGGGUGUGAACAGGUCCUGUGGCUGUACGGGCCUGACCACCAGCUCACUGAGGUGGGCACCAUGAACAUCUUCAUCUUCUGGACCCACGAGGAUGGGGCGCUGGAACUGGUGACCCCCCCACUGGACGGUGUCAUCCUGCCUGGAGUAGUUCGACAGAGUCUGCUGGACCUGGCUCGGACCUGGGGUGAGUUCCGGGUGGCAGAGCGUAAGAUCACCAUGAAGGAGUUCCUGCAGGCGCUGGAGGACGGCCGGGUUCGAGAAGUCUUCGGUUCAGGGACCGCUUGCCAGGUCUGCCCUGUGCACCGAAUCCUGUACCAAGGCAAGCACCUCCACAUUCCCACCAUGGAAAAUGGGCCUGAGCUUAUCCUCCGCUUCCACAAGGAGCUGAAGGCGAUCCAGGUGAGGUGCACUUGCUGGGAAAUGGGCUGGAUGCUUGUUCCGUUUCGCACAGAAAUUCACAUCCCGGGAGCCUCUGGACUGAGGCUCCCCUCCCCCUCCCCCAUAGUCCCACAGGCUGAUAAUGGCUCCUCCCAUCAGCCUCUGGGCCCGGGAUUGAGUUUGCUUUCCUUGAGCCUCUGCGUCCUAGCACACUUCUUGGGGCUAAAUGAUCCUUUUCUGUGCACCUCUGGAGCCCUGGCUUGAGAAAUCCCCAUCCCAUGAGCUUACGGGACCUUAAGCCAGCCUUCUGGCCACUGAGGUCCGAUCCCCAAGGAUCCCCAGGAGCCCUGGGCUAUUCCUCUGGCCUGAGAAAUCUUGCUCCUACAAGCCUCUGGACCGUGGCCCCCUCUGUGGCCUAGGAAUGUUUCCUCUCAUAAGCCUCUGGAGGUAUCUUCAUUCGUCUGGACCGAGGUAUCUUGCCUUUCCUGGCACUCGUGUGAGCGUCUGUAAACUCCUGUGCACCCGGACCUAGAACUACACCUCUUGACUCAGCUGAAAACGACUUUUUCCCAGAGCCUUCAGGGUCUUACAAGAACUCCUCUUUGCAGAAUUACAUCUCCCGUGAGCCUCUGCGCCAUACUUGCCACGACUCCCCCUCCCCGUGAUUGUUGGUGGGCUUCUGGGAAGUGGAAUACACUUCCCAUGAGGUCCUGGGGCGCAACUUCGCCAGCACGCAGCCUGGGACGCCGCAGGGCCUGCUGGGAGUUGUAGUGUGGCUUCCCCUCACCUCCGCCUGUGUUAUCCCGCAGUAUGGAGCAAAAGCCCACGAGUGGAUGCUACCUGUGUGAUGCUGCGGGCUGUGCCGGACCACUCCACGGAUCCACCGACCUGUAGCAUCCAGUGCCUGUUGGAUCUUCGCCUUCAUACCAGUGAUUCACCUGAAGUGCAAUAUGAAAUAGAAGGCGGCGGCCCGGGACGCCUGGGUUUCCGGUGCCCCCACGUUACACUCCCAAAGCCAUAAGGGCCCGACCCAGGCGUCUUGGCCCCUAGCCCCGCCACUCAGGCCUUGGGGACCUGGACUCCCCGCUGCUCCGUGUUGUGGGGUCAAGGAUACACCUUGACUCAGACUCUGCAUCUCCAUUUUCAGGCCGGAUCAACCGGUGCUGCUGUUUUUUUCCUAGCUGCAAUUUUGAAAUAAAAUGCCAAAGAACAAGC